CUUCAAGAGAGGAUCAGCAUUUCAGCUGCCUGUGAGACGCUGGACAUUGCUUCUGAAAGAAACUACAUAAUAACUGACAAUGGGUCUCUGCACUGAGAAGAAAAAUGCUCACUCUGCCUGGUGUUUGAACUCUUGGAUAUGUCUCCCUAUUCUGAUAUUAAUAUCAGGGACAGGAACACACGCUUGGUCUUACCAUUACUCAGAGCAGCCUAUGAACUGGAACGAAGCUCGGAGAUGGUGUACAGAACACUACACAGACAUGGUAGCCAUUCAGAACCAAGAAGAGAUUGCUCACCUCAACAACAUUUUGCCAAAGAGUCCCUGCUACUAUUGGAUUGGGAUCCGCAAAAUAAACAAAGUUUGGACUUGGGUUGGAACCAACAAGACGCUGACUGAUGAAGCGGUAAACUGGGCUGCCGGAGAGCCGAAUAAUGGGAAGAACAAUGAAGACUGCGUGGAGAUAUAUAUCAAGAGGGCACAAGAUGCAGGAAAAUGGAAUGAUGAAUCUUGUUUAAAGCGUAAAACAGCUUUAUGCUUCACAGCCUCCUGUAAGAUGGACUCCUGCAGUGGCAAUGGGGAAUGUAUUGAAAUGAUCAACCACCACAGAUGUCAAUGCUUCGAUGGCUUCUACGGAGACAAAUGUGAAAAUGUUGUACAUUGCGAGGAGGUGAGUGAGCCUGCCCAUGGCUCAGUGAGCUGCUCACAUCGCUUUGGGAAUUUCUCUUAUGGGUCACAAUGCAGCUUCCACUGCAACCAUGGCUAUGAGGUGGUUGGAUCAGACUCAGUCCAGUGUACUGCCACAAAGGAGUGGUCAGCUCCCCCACCACUGUGUGAAGCGGUGAAGUGCGCUGAGCUGGUGUCCCCAUCACACGGCACUAUGGACUGCAUCGAGCCACUUGGCCCCUUCAGCUACCAGGCUGAGUGCUCCUUCAGCUGUGAGGAGGGGUACCAGCUAACCGCAGACAGCAAGCUUCAGUGUGGGUCCCAGGGCCAGUGGAGUGACCAGCAGCCCCAAUGUGAAGCUGUUCAGUGUCCCCCCCUGCAAGCUCCUCAGGACUCCACCAUGAGCUGCUCAUACCUGGACAUGCCUUUUAGUUUCAGCUCCACCUGCAAUUUCAGCUGCGCAGAUGGCUUUGAGUUGCAGGGUGCUGCCAGUGUGAGCUGCACAGCGUCUGCGCAGUGGAGUGAGGAGAUGCCGCGAUGCAAAGCUGUCAGGUGCCAAAGGCCGGACGAGAGGCCACGAGCAGUCAUGGAGUGCAGCCACCCUGCAGAAGACCUCGGGCCAGACUCAACAUGUGGCUUCCGCUGCCAUCCUGGCUUUGCUCUGCAGGGUGUGGAGACACUCACAUGUGGAAGGAGUGGACAGUGGGACAGUGCCCCCCCCACCUGUGCAGCGGUGAAGUGUGCUGAGCUGGUGUCCCCAUCACACGGCACUAUGGACUGCAUCGAGCCACUUGGCCCCUUCAGCUACCAGGCUGAGUGCUCCUUCAGCUGUGAGGAGGGGUACCAGCUAACCGCAGACAGCAAGCUUCAGUGUGGAUCCCAGGGCCAGUGGAGUGACCAGCAGCCCCAAUGUGAAGCUGUUCAGUGUCCCCCCCUGCAAGCUCCUCAGGACUCCACCAUGAGCUGCUCAUACCUGGACAUGCCUUUUAGUUUCAGCUCCACCUGCAAUUUCAGCUGCGCAGAUGGCUUUGAGUUGCAGGGUGCUGCCAGUGUGAGCUGCACAGCGUCUGCGCAGUGGAGUGAGGAGAUGCCGCGAUGCAAAGCUGUCAGGUGCCAAAGGCCGGACGAGAGGCCACGAGUAGUCAUGGAGUGCAGCCACCCUGCAGAAGACCUCGGGCCAGACUCAACAUGUGGCUUCCGCUGCCAUCCUGGCUUUGCUCUGCAGGGUGUGGAGACACUCACAUGUGGAAGGAGUGGACAGUGGGACAGUGCCCCCCCCACCUGUGCAGCGGUGAAGUGUGCUGAGCUGGUGUCCCCAUCACACGGCACUAUGGACUGCAUCGAGCCACUUGGCCCCUUCAGCUACCAGGCUGAGUGCUCCUUCAGCUGUGAGGAGGGGUACCAGCUAACCGCAGACAGCAAGCUUCAGUGUGGAUCCCAGGGCCAGUGGAGUGACCAGCAGCCCCAAUGUGAAGCUGUUCAGUGUCCCCCCCUGCAAGCUCCUCAGGACUCCACCAUGAGCUGCUCAUACCUGGACAUGCCUUUUAGUUUCAGCUCCACCUGCAAUUUCAGCUGCGCAGAUGGCUUUGAGUUGCAGGGUGCUGCCAGUGUGAGCUGCACAGCGUCUGCGCAGUGGAGUGAGGAGAUGCCGCGAUGCAAAGCUACAGACACACCGCUGUUGAACGCAAUAAUGCUGACAGCAGGGUGUGCUGCUGGGCUCAGCAGCCUGAUGUUGGCGUCAUGGCUUUUAAAGCGCUUGCGGCAGAAAGCUAAAAAGUUCGAUCUCAGUAGUUCCAGUUCCACCGCUGAUGACUUUGAAGAGGACCCCCCUCAGAGAUACAAGAACAGUAUUGACAGUCUCAUUUAGAAUUUUUCUGAAAACAGGAAUAUUGAUCACGGAGAGCAACAAAUCUCAGUAUUUGAGCAGGACUGGGGCAAGUGACCCUACAUCCAGAAACACCCUAUGUGAAGAAUAGUUGAUCUAUAUGCUGGAACAUGGAGUUCAUUGUCUCAGAUGUGAAAACACAGAUGAAGCCCAGAUGUCUUGUGCCUG